AUGCAUUUUGUCACAGAUGCAACCAGGRAUCAGCGGCGUUACAACCUGCCCACAGCAAAUGAAGUUGCGGCCGUGUUUGUCGGUGACGACGGUCGUCCGCCCAGAAACCUCAAUCUGGUCAUUUACGACACGAAUCCAAUCGACCCGCAACACAGGAUGCAAAACAUACCUGCGGGGUCGUGUCAUGCGGAUCCGAUGUUGUAUCCGCUGUUGUUCCCAAGCGGAGAAGCUGGUUGGCAUUUCGGUAUGAGACAAGAGGGCAACCGCCGGAAGCAAGUCCGCAAUCGGAAUAGUAUCAGGGAGUUUGAGGUGCUUUCRUUUGACCAUACUAUAUUGUGGAAAUAA